CUCCCAUACUUUGUCACCAGGACACCUUCCAACGAACUGCCCAUCUACACCUUGAGGAAACGCGGCGGCAACAUGCGAUUGACCCGCAUCAAGAAGAUUGACGGAAACAUUGAUGCUCUCCGCGACGCUCUCCAGUUCGAACUCGGUCUUCCCGAGGCUGAGUGUGUCAUCAACAGACUCACGAACCAUGUCAUGAUCAAGGGCUGGCACAAGCCACGGAUAGAGGCUUUCCUCAAGGCCCGCAACUUCUAA